AGAAGAAGCCAGGGGAAGAGCCACACUCCAGCUGAUCAGCCUUGAAGACCAGGUCAUCACCAUGUGGAUAUACGUAUGCGCAUUCCUGGUUAUAAGUGCCGCCUUCACAGACGCAGUACAUGCUGAAAAACGGGCUGAGAUAUCACCGGUGCCCUUCGUGUUGUCCACGCGAUACGGGAGAUCCCCACCACGAGUAAUGAUGCCUAGAAAUGACAGAUUCUUCCUGGGCAGUCGUUACGGCAAGCGGUCUGAGGUGUCAGUUGGGUCGUCUCUCCCCCCACAGGGUACACCCAGCAUGCUGUGUGAAUACACGGGCGUGUAUUCCUUGUUUCGAUGUAAGAUACCUACCAGAGGUACUUACGAGGCCAGAGCAAGCGAAGAAAGCCCAGCGAGUGAGGAAUAAACUCCAAGACCCACGAACUACCAUGGACUGAAGAAUUCUAGUCAUAAAUAUUAUUUAAAUUUAAGCAUAAAAAAUAUCUAAAAAAGUCAAUUUUGUGAGCGACUGUAUUUAUAUUAAAAAUUAAUUAUAUUUUAAUAAUAUGAUUGAUUAUAUAAUAAUAAAAUCAAUAAUUUAGUUGAAAUGGCUCAAUACACUUUUUCUUAAUUUACUAGCUGUUCGCGUAUUUGCCGUAAAAAAUGUAGUUACGUAUUUUUUUUGACCUCACGUUGACGUUUGACCUCAGCUUUUAAACUGUCUCCAUUUCAAUUUCUAUAGCAUUUGAGCCGUGAAAACUAUAACAGACAUUUUUACAUUUAAAAUAUUAUAUAAGUUAAAAUUAUCAGUAUUUUCUCACAAAUAUUUGAAAACAAAAAGUUAUUAAAACACUUUUAUUAUAAUUUUAUAAUAGUUACUAUUAAUAAUCUAGAAGGUGGCUAAGCGGGUGAGACGACUUUAUAAAUAAUUAUAAAUUUAAUAAUUAGAUUACAUAAAUACCUAUUGCUGAACUCGUUUUAUACCAAACUAUGUCUCGACCGCGUUCACGCGAAUAAUAGUUUAAAUAACUCAUCAAUUAAAAUAGGUAUUAUUCCAAUUAUUACUACAGAAUAGAAUAAUUUAUAUUAUGGUCUUAUAAUUAAUAAUAAGUCUCUAUUUUAAUGCAAAAGUAAAAAAAAACAUUAAUUCUUUUUUAUAUCUGCUUAAAUGAACACAUAAAUAAUUACAAAUUUUCAUCCAAUAUUUAAAAGCGGUGGUAAACAUUGACAGUCUUCGUUCGGUGUCACGAAAUUCAUUAUUUCACGUAGGGAAACUGGGCAGUUAAAAUUAAAAGGCUAUCAGGUAUCAAGUCAAUAGAUUGCAGAUAGCCCUUGUAAGUAAACAUCAUUAAUGCGCCGCGCCGUAGCUGUUUCUUGCCUAUGUUCAGGAAAUUAAAAAAAAAUACGUAAUAAAACAAUUAUUUAAUUAAUUUUACUGUCCUGCCCUGUUUUUCCUUUUGAAAGGUUGAGAUCAGGUCACGAAAAUUUUUGUAGGUAUUUUAAUAAUGAUAAAAAAAAUUGCCAUCUUUGUUUUUUUUUUCAUUUAUUUAUUGGCGCGCAAUACAGUUUAAAACAACGUAAAAUGUCUUAAUACAUAUAGCGAAGGUUUAUGACUGGUUGAAAACCAACAAAUUGCGCACAGCAUGCUUAACAUUAGUGACAAGUAAAUUACAUACAUAUAUAUGGUCACGUCUAUAUCCCUUGCGGGGUAGACAGAGCCAACAGUCUUGAAAAUACUGAAAGGCCACGUUCAGAUGUUAACCGCAUAUUUAAAAGCAAGUAAAUAUUGCCCUUCUAAAAUUCUUAAUUUUGUACUUUUCAAUACAACAAAAAAAAUAUAUGUAUAAUAAAUUAGCCUCUUGACUACAUCCUUCUACGUAUAUUCCAAAGUACGUAAUUACUACAUCAAUAUUACAUCAUUAUUUUCAUGCAAACCCAUCAAUAUAAUUUACUAUAUCAUCACCGAUUUCAUCCGAUCAGAAUUAACAGUAAAAAUUAUGAUAACUGAUUAUCACAAUUCUUACAUUUAGGUAGUGUUAAGACGAGUUCAGUAAGUAAAUAUUGUCUCUACUUUGAACCGAAGGCUGGGGGUUUGAAGUGGGAUCAUGUUAUGUCAAGCGCACUUCUCCUAUUUAUGUAAAUAACCAAAACACAUUUUAAUAAAUUUAAAAUUAUCAAAAAAGUUUUUUGCAAAAAAAAAUUGUUUAUUUAAUUGGAAAAUCAAUAAUUUAUUGUUUGUUAAAAAUAAGUAGGUACUAGACUUUAUCAUUUAUGAAAUUAAAUGCACUUAUACUUAGUUAGUUGGCAAAUAAAUAUGAUUUAUUAUUUUAGUUUUAAGUUAUGGGUUAUAUAAUUUAAAAAUAUAUAUAGGUAUGUAAAUCA